AUGACUAUUACCACUCAACAUGCUAUUGUCGUUCAGGGCCGGGGCCAUGCCCUCCUGACCAGCCAGGUCCCUCUGCCCGCAUUGCCGGAAGACUCGGUGCUUGUCAAGGUCAAAGCCGUGGCCUUGAACCCGACGGACUGGAAGCAUCUCGACUUCGAAGACUGCACCGGGGCCAUCGUGGGCUGUGACUAUGCGGGAGUCGUCGAGGCCGUCGGCUCCAAGGUCCAGAAGGCCUUGCACCCUGGAGACCGCGUAGCCGGGUUUGUUCACGGCUGCAAUGCGAUGCGUCCCGAUGUCGGGGCAUUUGCUCAGUAUGUGAUUGCCAAGGGGGACCUGCAGAUACGUGUGCCCGAUAGCAUGGGUUUCGAGGCAGCGUCGACCCUGGGGGUCGGCCUCGCCACUGUUGGCCAAAACCUGUAUCAGUCGCUGCAGCUCCCUGACCCCUGUUAUGGACAAGGCCCAAGUCAGGAUGCAGAAGGGGACUGCCCCCAACUGCUAAUCUACGGGGGGGCGACAGCCACCGGCACCCUGGCCAUCCAGUUCGGGAAGCUUUCCGGCGCCCGCGUCGUUACCACCUGCUCGGAGGCCAAUCGCGCCGCCAUGUAUGAGCUGGGGGCGGAUCUGGUCUUCGACUACCACGAUCCCCGGGUGGGUGAGCAGAUCCGCGAGGCCACCGAUGACGCGCUCGAGUUGGUGCUGGAUGCGGUUUCCACCGUCCAGUCCGCAGGGAUCUGUGCCGCCGCGAUCUCCUCCGACGGAGGGUGCUACAAUGCCCUGCUGUAUGUGCGGUGCCCCCGAACGGAUGUCGACUCGCACGUCUCCAUGGCGUAUGACUUGCUGGGCGAGCCCUACCAGCAGGGGGCGAAGGAGGUGGCGAUGGAUCCGGCCAGCCUCGAGUUCGGGAUUCGGUGGUGCGAGCAGAUUGAGCGAUUGCUGCAGGAUCGGCGCAUUAUGCCGCAUCGGUUCCAGGUCAAGGGGGGUGGGCUUGGAGGGAUCGUGAAUGGGCUGCAGUUGCUGCGGGAGGGCAAGGUGCGGGCAUGCAAGUUGGUCUAUCGAGUGGAUGAGACGCCGUGGAAUGCUGCAGCCGGCGCACUUUACAUAGACGGCACCGAGUAGCACCGUGCAAGAAUCCCCUCAGAUAGGGUGGCUGAAAU